AGGAAUCCUGGGGAACAGGUUUGAGCUUCUCUGUCUGUUCAGACAGGAUGGCUUCUGUAAAACUCCACCCACCACCGCAGCCUAUAACUUCCCCAAAUUUGCCACCCGCAUUUCAGUAUUAUUGCACCGUCUCUUGUUGUAGCUUUCCAGUUUGGGUUUUUUUUUAAAAUAAUUUUUUGCCUCCUUGGUUGUAGCUGCUCCAAGAAGCAAGAGGAGAACGCCAUGGCUUCCAUGGGGAUGCAAGUCUUGGGAAUUGCCUUGUCGGUGAUCGGCUGGCUAGGUAGCAUCCUCUGUUGUGGGUUGCCGAUGUGGAGGGUGACAGCCUUUAUAGGCAACAACAUUGUGGUGGCCCAAAUUAUUUGGGAGGGCCUAUGGAUGAACUGUGUGGUCCAGAGCACGGGACAGAUGCAAUGCAAGGUCUACGAGUCUAUGUUGGCACUGGCACAGGACAUGCAAGCUGCUCGGGCUCUGGUAAUCAUUGCCAUCAUUCUGGCUGUCAUUGGCAUCUUCUUCUCCAUCAUUGGAGGAAAGUGCACUAACUGUGUGGAAGAUGAAGCUACCAAAGCCAAGGUGAUGAUCUUCGCUGGAAUUAUUUUUCUCAUCUCCAGCAUCAUGCUUCUGAUUCCACUCUGCUGGACGGCAAACAACAUCAUACGAGACUUCUACAACCCCAUGAUCCCAGACAGCCAAAAGCGGGACUUGGGGGCUUCUCUCUAUAUUGGCUGGGCCUCCUGUGGCCUGCUGCUCAUUGGAGGAGCACUACUGUGUUGCAACUGCCCUCCCAGACACGAGAAACCCUAUUCGACGAAGUACACAGCAGCUCAAUCGGUGCCAACCAGCAACUAUGUCUAAGCCAUUCUUCCUCCCUCAUGUGUCCUGGGGACUUUGCACCAUGGAGGAGGCAGUUAGGGACGAAGUCGACUUCAGUGUGAGGAGGGAUCAUUCUUUCCCAUCCUUUGGACUUGGCGUAGUAGCAGGAAACCUGGCAUAUUUCAUCCAGAUUUGGAAAGCAGGGACUCAUUUGUUGCAUUCACCUGUUUGAACAAACAUCUCUCAAGGAUCGGAGUCUGACAGCUGCUCCUAUCCAAACUGCACUGAAAACUGGCUUCUGUGAGACUAAUGGGAGACUAGUCACCUUCAAACUCACCAGGAUCUUAGCCAGCUCAGCUCAACUGAAAGAGAAAAAUUGCUGAAAUGGAGGCCCACGUGAAAUACAGCAGCAACAGGGAAGCUUGAAUUGGGGUGGGUGCUUGCUGGACUUCUGGACUUUUGGAAUUUGGCUAGAAGAAUUUGAUGGUGGAUAUAGACCUGGUGUGUAAUAGUGGCAAGAACAGUCACUGGUGGAGGUGGAGGGCAUGGGUAUAAGCCCCCUCUAAUUGCUGGCUGUCUCUUUGUAUUUGGAAAUCUGGGCAGCAAAGAGUCCAUCAAGUUUGGUUUCUGGCUGCCUUUCCAUAACUGGGUGUUCCAUUAUUUGCAAUCACUCUUGUGGGUGUUUUGAUACCUGCUGAAAAUGGGAAGCUCUCUUCUGGGAAGGUCUCUGUUCACUUUCCUUCCUCAAAUUGCUGCAAACUCUUUAAAAAGAAUGCAAUGAUUAAGUAGAACUAUAUCUAGGUUUGCAGGUUGUGGAGGUCUAGGAGGAAACUGAAACUGUAGGAUAAUUAGUUCCUGGGCUGUCAGACAAUGAGUUGAGAAAGGAGACAUAGACCCAGUUUAUUUGAGAUCUUCAGAGAUAUGAUAGGAAAUUUGAAUUCUGCAACAUAGGGAAGAGAUUGAAUAAUAACAAUAUACCUUUUUAAUGUCUUGCAUGGAUUAAUUUAAACUCAGAGUUAAACCAGUUUUGAAUGCUUGAAUACAAGUGUAAAUUUAAUCUGAGGGAUGGAUAAUCUUAAAAAAGACAUUUUGAGACUGGCUACUAAUAUGGUAUUUCUGUUCAUUUAUAAAGUACUGUCUAAAGUCUAUUGAAACUGCACCAAGUGUCUUCAAUUCCAAUUGGCAAUUUGAGAAUGAUGAACUGGUGUUAAAUAGGACCAAUAGGACCAAAAAGAUGUAUUUCCACCUUUUUUCCAUUCAGGGCUGAUUUUGAAGCAGGCUUUUUGGAAGAUUAACCUCAAUUAAUUUUGAAUACCAGGUUUCUAUCCAGCUGCUUAUGAAAUAAAGAAAAAUGUCUCUGGGCAUAGACAGAAGUCAGGCUUUAUUAUCAUUCUUAUUAUUUAAUGGAGUGUCAUAUCAUCAUUUAGAAUGAAUUACUCUCUAAAAUAAGAUUUUGUCAAGUUUUCCAGAUGGGUAUGUAGGUCUCCAUUGACAAAUGUAUUAUUUGCAGAGCUCAGAGGUGUUACAAGUUUGUUCCUCCCUUGCAGAGAUGCUGAAGAAAGAAAGGAAAGUCAAUUCUUACAUUAUUGAACUGUUUUUUCAUAUUUUAUUUGUGAGAGUUAUUGUUGAUCAAUUGAUUUGAGCUUGUGUAAAAGCAGUCUAUAAAUAUUUUAAUUAUAAUCACACAAAAAAACCA